AUGAGUCGCAGCGGCAGCACACUUACUAGUCGCAGCAGCAGCAGCAGCCUGGCGCGGUCCGACAGCGUGGGGUUCGGGCCGUCUCGGUUCGUGCUGCGGCAGCGGUACGAGGACAUCGGGCUGCGGUACCUGGUGCACAAGGAGCAGCUGGGCACGGGCGAGUACGGCGCCGUUCGGCCGUGUGUUGAGGCAGAUUCUGGCCGGUUGCUGGCGUGCAAGACCAUCCGCAAGCAACAGAUCACGACGUACGAGGACGCUGAGGCCAUCCGCACGGAGGUGGCGUGUCUGUGGGAGGUGAGGGGCCAUCCGAGCAUCAUCAGUCUGCACGACGCCGUGGAGGAUGGCAAGCGCGUGCACCUCGUCAUGGAGCUCUGCCACGGCGGCGAUCUCUUCCGCCGAGUGACGCAGCGCGGCACGCUGAGUGAACGCAGCGCUGCCAAGGUUUGCCACGCUCUGGCGACAGCAGUGUUGCACUGCCACCGCCAUGGAAUCAUGCAUCGCGACAUCAAGCCGAAGAAUGUGCUGCUCCUAGACGAUUCUGAUGAGCCCCACGUCAAACUGAGCGACUUUGGUGUCGCCACUUUCUUUGAGGACGGAGAUUCGUUGACUGAGUUUGCGGGAACCACUCAAUACAUCGCCCCUGAAGUGUGGAAGGGGCAAUACGGGCCUGAAGCUGACAUCUGGGGACUUGGAGCUCUCCUGUAUUUCUGCAUAGCCGGUGUGUCCCCGUAUCGGGCCCCAACGAAGCAACAGGUAGCGGAAGCAGUGUUGACACAAGGGCCAUCGCAUCGCAUCCAAGCAAGCAGCCCUGGCGUGCUCAAGGGCAUCGGUCUUCCACAGCCACAGGCUCAAGGACAGCACAGCAACUGA